AUGGAAACAGAAACCACACCGGAAGUGUGUUUAAGAGAGAGAAAGAAAAACACUUCAGAUAUCAACUGUUGUAUCUGGAAUCUUACAGUAGUUUAAUGUUGAUAUAUUUCUCAUGCUGAUUAAACAUUACUGAAUAUUCAGGACUAAACCCCAGGCCACGCCCCCUUCAACACUGCUUCGGAUAGAAGGAUGUUCCUGGGAAAAGGGCGAAACAUGUCAGCAUGAGCCGCUCAGAAAGAUCGCGCUGUAACACACGGCGCUGGAAACACUCGAAACAGCGAGGUUCACAGGAGACCACGUCUGACCUCCGUUCCAAACCCUGUGUUCGCCGUUCUGCAAGAGCAGCAAAAACUGUCUCUCAGCAUCCGGGCACUGAACCCUCACCUGUCUCACCUCUCUCAGACACACACACCCCUCAAACUGCAGCAACUAAGACACAUGUUCCUCUAAACACAGCCACAUGUUCUCCAAAAAAUCUGCCAAAAGGAAGGAAGAAGAAGAAGAUUAAGAAGAGAGAAGAUUGCACCACGGAUGCGAGAUCAUUUUGUGUUCCUGCUUCUGAUUCGGUGCAGACUGAGCAGCAGAAAGCCACAGUAACACCACCUCGUCCUCAAAGAUCUACUAGAGCUGCUAAAGAUACCUCAACACUAUCAUGUCUGAGUUCUCAGCAGGACACACCCCUCUCCCUGGAGCCGAGGACGCCAAAGCGAGGACGUCGCCCCAACCUCCGCCUCAGCUCCACCCCGCAGCGCAGCAGGACUCGGCCGAACGAGCCGCACUUCAGCCCCAUCACGAGAACGUCCCCAAAAAAGGGUCUGAAAUCUCAAAACCCUAAAGUUCAGCCGAGGAGGAAGAGGAGGAAGAAGGCGGAACGGGAUGCCUGUGAAACUAAGCCCAUUAAACGCCAGAGAAAGAAAGGUGUGGCUGAGAAGGCGGAGCUUCCUGUGCACCAGCGAAUCAGAACGCGCUUUGUGCUGCAGGACUCUGAGCACCACGAGCCAGAAGAGACGCACUCCUCCUCAGAUCUGUCCAUCGAGCUGAGUGUACAGGAGGACAAGCUGUCCCUCACACACACACACUCUCUAGAGGAUGAUGACGAGGAGGAGGAAGAAGAGCUGCCCAGUUUCUUACAGCAGAUCAGACAAAAACCUUCUAUCAGAGAGGGGCUGUGUGUGUGGUGUAAAUUGAGGAAAUACCCCUUCUGGCCAGCCAUGGUAAAGAGUGUGAACCGUAAGACGAAGAAAGCGAGUAUAGUGUUUAUUGAUCAGUUCCUGUGUAAUAAGAAGACGAUGUGUAAAGGUUUAUCGGUUUCUCUGAGGACGCUGAAGCCUUUUGACUGUGAGGAGUUUCACCGCUUCGUGGACCUCGCUAAAGAGAAGUACGGUGAAUCCAUCAAAUGUUGUUUGGACCUCAUAUCAGACUAUAGGAUCCGCCUCGGUUGUGGAUCGUUUGUUGGUUCAAUCGUAGAGUACAUCGCAGAUGAUAUCAGUUACCCGUUGAGGAGCGAGUUCUUGAAGGCCUCGUCAGAUCUGCUGUCUCCCACCCAGAGCCUGAUGGAGGAGCAGGAUGGAGACUGUGAGCUUCAGGAUCUUGAGGAACACCCAGACCUCUUUCAGGACGGCCACAUGGAGAAGAAAGUUCUACCUGACCGCACACAGGCCGCCAGGAAACGUGCCAACCAGAGACUGGUGGAUUUCAUUGUCAGGAAACAAGGAGCAGAGAACCGUCUACUGGCAGUGAUCAGUGGUCAGGAGGUGUCCAGGUGGCUGCAGGCUCUGCACAGCUCCAGCCGCUCAAUGUUGGAGCAGAUGUACCUGGAAGAUGAUGAGCAGGUGGACAAGGUGUACCGCUACCUGGAUGGGCUGUGUACCAGCGCCGCUAAAGCUAAUCCUGCACUGGAGAACUCUGACCGGAUCAAAUUCAUCCUCGAUGUCCUCUUCCCUGAGGCCUUGAUUUUUGCUAUAGCUGCAGUGGAUAGUGUCUCUCUGGAAAAAGCAGAGGAGAAAUAUCGGCAAGGACCUCGCCAUAGCAACAGAGAAAGACAGGAGUUUGACCUGAUGAUCGAGCAGCAGAUGCGGCUGAAGGAAGCAGGACAGUUGCUCUGAACACGCUGCAAUGUUUAUCAAAUGAUUAUUUUUAAUAUGGAAAAGAAUCAAGAAUGUGAAAUAUAUUUUAAUAAAAGAGGACAUCACGUGACACUUUA